UGACGAUAGAGUUGGUGCGGGCAGAGCGGCGCGGCGUGCGCGCCUCCGUCUCGGUUUUCACUUCCGGCGCCGCCAUGUUGGGGAGGUCGGCGGGGCGACUGGCGGGGGUCGUGGCGCUGGUCACGGGGGGCGCCAGCGGCAUCGGCCGCGCCGUGAGCGGCCGCCUGGCCCGCGAGGGCGCGCGCGUGGCCGUGGCCGAUCGCGACAUGUCGGGGGCGGCGGCGACAGCGAAAGGGCUCCCCCGGAACUGCCCCCCCGACCACGGAGCUUUCCAGGUGGAUGUGGCCGAUCCCAAAAGCGUCGCCGGGAUGGUGAGGGGGGUGCAGGAGCACUUUGGGGUUCCCCCCCGUGUCCUGGUGUCCUGUGCCGGGAUCACCCGCGACCGGAUGUUCCUGGAGAUGGGAGAGCGGGAAUUCCGGGAAGUGCUGGGGGUGAACCUGGAGGGGACGUUCCUGGUGACACAGGAGGUGACAAAGGCCCUGGUGACAUCGGGGGACCCCGGGGGGGCCUCCCUGGUCCUCGUGGGCAGCGUGGUGGCCAAGGUGGGACCCCCACUUGUCACUGUCCCUGUCACUUGUCACUGUCAUUGUCACUUGUCACCGUCAGUGUCCCCGAAAUGGGGGUAAAAGCCCUAAAAAUGGGGAUAAAGCCCCUGAAAACGCCAAU